GCAGGGAGGAGGCUGAAAUGUGGCCAGACAGGUCUGAUGGGAACUCAGAAAGGCACAGAGAGGGAGUCAGAGAGAGAACAGCCUGUCAGUCAGGUGGAUAUAGAAGCAGUCUGGCUGGAAUUAAGACAAUGACAUAUUUGUGUUUGUGUUUCUGAGUGUGACACUGGAUGGUACCUGACUGAGAGGGGCCCUGUGGACUCCUAACACCCCCUCUAACACCAGCAGAAGCAGCAGCAAGGCUUGACAGAGUGGAAUUUCCCUCCUCUCUCCCCUGGCUGGAGCUGGGGGCAGAUGGUCGAUCUGAGAGUUUAAGCAGAACUCAGGAAGGAGAGUGAGAGGAAGGGUGGGAGGUGGUCCAGAGAGGGAGAGGAAGACAGGCGAGUUGUGGACAGAAGAGGAGACAUGCUUCGCUACGGCUCAGGACGAACUGUUUCCACCACCACCACAACCACAGAUGACUCUCCAGAGUCUUCAAGUGAGAGGAGGAUCAGGCGCCUCAGGUUAACGCUACACGCCGGUGAUAAUGGAAACAAGGAGGCCAAAACCACAAACUCAGACACAGGGGAGAAGGACGUCAGUGCGGCCUGGAAGAAGAAAAAUGGGAUGAUCCAAAGAGAGAGGCCAGCUGGCAGGGAGUCACCUCAGCAGCACCUCGGGGACAUGACCAAUGGGGCGCCAGAGACCUCGCUGCAGCAUCAUGGACCCAAAGUGUAUGGGAUCGUGCAGAGGACGGGCUCGGACAGACAGCAGGAGGUGAUGGCGCGGGAGUGGACAGUCAGUCACCUUCAGGAUGAGAUGAGAUACAUCCGGGAGGUGAGAGAUUCUCUGGAGAAGGUGAGAGAGAGGAUGUAUGGGCAGUUCGGAGGAAUGCAGCAAUCAAUGCAGAAGCUCUCACAGGAAAUCAGGGCUGCUAAUGCCCAUCGGAGGAGCCUAGAGUCAGAGGUGAGGAUCCGGACGCAGGCCAUGGAGAGCUUUGAUCAGAUGAACAACUCGCUCAUAUCUGCAAACAUCGGCCUGCAGAAAUCCCUUCUGGAGAACUGCCAGAGCAGAGUGGACAAGAGGGAUGAGGUGAAGAAUUUGCGGAGCACUUAUGAUAAAGCACAAGAGAAACUCAGAGACAGGGAGAGGGAGCUGGCAGCUGCACAGGCUGAGAACGAGACUUUGAGACUGCAGGUGGAGUCUGCACGGGAGGCCAGCACUCAGGCUCUGCAGGAGCUUUCAGCAAAGCUACAGCGCGAGUAUGAGGAAAAACUUCAGGAGGAACAACGGAAACACAGGGAGGAAAUUGAAAACCUACAGGCACAACUGGACGAGUACAUCAGGCGAUUAGAGGAGGCAGAGAAGAACAUCAAAAUUGCAGAGGCUAAGAUUGCUGAGAGGGACAAGAGGAUCCUUGAAGUGGAGCGACUAUUAGACUGCAUGGGAAAGGAAAAGAGUCAUCUCAACCAGAAGCUGCAAGACUGUGAGCAGCGUCUCCGCUUGUUGGAGCUAACAGACAAAACAGAUGCUACAGUAGUCAAGAGGUCCAAAGAGCUCCAGGCUGAGGCUGUGGAUCUCCGUGAGAGGAUCAAACACUUGAAUGACAUGGUGUUCUGCCAGCAAAGAAAAGUCAAAGGAAUGAUUGAAGAGGUCGGCUCUCUGCGGUCUCAGGUCGCUCAGAAGGAUAUGUUCAUCUCAGAGCUACUGGACAGAAUAGCAAUUGUGGAGUGUGAGAAUAAUGAAUUAGAAGACAAGCUGAAGUAUUUUAUGUCCACACAGAAUAGGCCGAGAGAUGUUUUGGAAACCAGGGAGAUAGGAUUAGGCUGCGAUCUGCCCCCCAGACGUGAAGCACAAAGGCAUGAUGUUGAGCCUCCUGUUCAGAGCGAACCAUCCCAUCUCUAUCCCAUAAAUCACCCUCCACCUGCUCACCCUCCACCACCUUUGAAACUUCCAUCACUAACCGAAGCUCCAUCUCCACCCUCAUCACCUACCCAUCCUUCAUCUCCUAAUCAGCUCUCACCACCACCAUCUCUACCAAAGCCUUCAUCACCAUCUCUACCAAAACCCUCAUCACAACCUCAACCUCCAUCUACGACAUCUCCCACACAACCCUCACCCCCUGAUCUCUCACCAUCCUCCAUAGAUCCUCCAUCCCAUUCACCUCCUAUUCAACAUCCAUCUCUCUACCUUACAUCACCCAUCAAACCCAGGACGUUCAGGUCUAGUAACCCUCCGCCCAGCAGGCUGGAGUCCAGUUUACUGAGGUACUCUCCUGUCGAGUACAGCCGCUUUCUACAGUCCAACCCUACAGUAACAAGUGGGACAUUCCCCUACACCCACAGGUCUGAGUCUGAGUCUGAGCCUGGUGAGGGUGCAGUCCAGUCCAGAGAUGAAGUGGAUGGAGAGACAGACACAAACACUAGAACAGGUCCAGGGGAAUCCACCUCACCUUCCUCCUCUCCUCAGCCAAGAUCAAGAGCACCUCAGGCUUACACGCCAUUCAUGAAACUCAUGGAAAUAACAGCAAAGAUUAACAUAGAGUGAGCUCAGAGCAAUAUUAAGAUGUUUUUGGGAAUGCACGUUCCAGUGGAGAUGUCAUAGAGCUUUCAUUAGUGAUGGAAAUAAUUAGCUAAUUUAACAAAAGGUUAGCUUUGCUCUAACAACUUAAAAACCUCACAAAUAUACAUGUUGAAUUUAAUUUGUUAAAUCUGUAAAAGACACAAACAGCGGUUCUCUUUUACAUUUGGUUACCCUUAGGACUAUUUCUAACCUGGGAGUGGUCACUUCCCAGAUUAGACUGUGAGAACUAGCGAGUAAUUUAAACCCUGUAAAAAAGUGAAUUGUGGUUUUUACACUUAGAUUUAAUUCAUCAAACAAAUAAUGUGUUUGGUAGAUUAUUUCCUGUAAAGCGUCCUUGGGUUUCUUGAAAGGCGCUAUAUAAAUUCAAGAUAUUAUUAUUAUUAUUAUUAUUAUUAUUUCUUUGUUGUAACAAUGCUUCUUGGCAAUGUAUUUUAUACAGUUCCUUUUCACUCCCAAAUUCACGAGGUAGACUCUGGUAAAUCCUGUGCCAAUCAGGCACCGGGGGUACCAGAAGCUCAAAACAAGAGUCAAUAGUAACAGCAACAUAAGAUAUUUGGCAGAGCAGAUUUGGCAAAUUUUUUCAUGGGUGCCACUCUUAUACUCAGCUCUGCUGCUCAUCCCACAAAUGCAUGUACCUUACAAAUGUGCUACCUAUUACAAGGGAAAUAAACAGGCCAAUAACUUAAGAUUUAUUGCUAAGAAGCAUUGUUACAACAAAGAAAUAAUCUACCAUACUAUUUUCAAGUAGGAAGUUGUUUAAAGCAAGUGGGUUUCCCUUGUUUCAGUCUUUGCGCUAAGCUCAGCUCAACCAUCUGUUAGCUUAGCAGACCUUAAUCUACCAUCCAAUGCUCCACUAGGAGGGAAAAAAAACAAAAAAGUUUGCUCUUUUUUACUUGGAAGUUGCUUGAGAGUUAAUACAUCUGGACAUUUUAUUGUACAACACUUUCAUGUGUUCAUGAGUGUGGUACGUUUGCUUUCUUAAGGUCCUGAACUGUUUAUAUCAUUAUCUCAGGAUAACACUAAUUUCCUGUGAUAACAACUCCAUUUUCCAAUAAGAAAGUCAGAGUCAUUUUUCUUCAGAUAACUAGAUAAAUAAACCAGAAAAUCAGUUAGUAUCACAAAAAAUGAUUUUAAUAAAAAUGGAUUGAUGCAUGUCUGCUCAGGGCUUCUCUUUUAUGAACAUCUCUUUAAACUUUUCGAACAAAAAUAUGAACGAAAAUCCAAAAAUAUCAAGCAGUUACUUAAACACUCAGUCUAAUUUUCCCUGUUGAGUGUUUGCUAUUUUAUUGUUGUUUAUUUUGAAUCAAUCCAAAGCUGACUUUUUGAAGUUGACCAUACAAUGAAGAAUACGACCCUGGAUCAUGUAAUAAGUCUUUAUAGGUUUUCAGCCUAUGUUUGCACACGGCACUAUUAACGCUAAUGCUUUGCAAGGGUGUAAAUAAUCUUCUGAUCUGUAAAAAAAAUUGUGAAAAAUGUUUUGAAGGAUGUUUGUUUUGUUUACAAUGAAUGUAGCCUACUUGUAUUGCUCCAGUUUUGUAUGAAGGUUUAGGUUAUUGUGUGUAUUUUCCUAUCAUUUUAUACUGGCUCUGUACAAAUUAAAUGAAAACUAUUUUCUUAUUGUCACAUUAUGUACAAAAUAUUUAUUAAUAUGCAUUGUGCCUUUAUGGACAGCCUUCAGUCUGAUCCUGGUGGUAGAAAUGGUUCUCUUUAAACUGGCGACAGGGUUACAUGAUAUCACGUAAUGAAGUACAUUUCUCUUCUAUUGAUAGAACUGUCCAAUUACUUUAAAGAUAUUAAUCAACCUGAUUAAGGUGACUGCCAUUCCUGAGCCACAGGCACUUGAGUAUUAUCCAGCUGUCUCUGAACUGCCACAACUGUGUUUGAAAACUCUAUGAAGUGCCUUUUCCUUGACGAUACAUAUCAAGAGGCCAGAGUGUGUUUGGAUAAU